AGAGGGCUCCUCUACUUCAUCCUCAGCGUUGGCAGACAGUGCCGCCGAGUGUAGACUCCACGAGCCAAUAAUAAACUCCCGUUUGCAAGCCCCGCCCACCAAUCAGCUGGGGAAGAUGACGUGUCGGAUCUCCUUAUUGGACGGAACGGACCACACCAUCAAAGUGGAGAAGCGGGACAAAGGCCAGGUGUUGUUUGAGCAGGUGUGCUCUCAUCUGAACCUGCUUGAGCGAGACUACUUUGGACUGGUCUACUGCGACACAGAGGGACAGAAGAACUGGCUGGAUCCAAACAAAGAACUGAAGAAGCAGAUUCAAGGUGGCCAGUGGAGUUUCUCCUUCCGUGUGAAGUUCUAUCCUCCUGACCCCGCCCAGCUGCAGGAGGACCUCACCAGGUACUACCUGUGUCUGCAGCUGCGUGAUGACAUCGUGUCGGGUCGGCUGCCCUGCUCCUUCUCCACUCAUGCUGUGCUGGGGGCCCUCACCGCUCAGGCAGAACUGGGGGACCACGACCCGCAGGAGCUGGGCAAGGACUACCUAGGACAGCUGCGUUUGGCCCCCGCUGCCUCCCAAACACAAGAGCUGAUGGACAAGAUCGCAGACCUGCACAGCGGACACAGGGCCAUGAGUCCUGCGGAUGCGGAGCUGCACUUCCUGGACAAGGCCAAGAAGCUGGCCAUGUACGGAGUAGAACUGCACAGCGCCAAGGACUCUGAGGGCGUGGACAUCAUGUUGGGUGUGUGUGCCAGUGGCCUCCUGAUCUACAGAGAUAAGCUGCGGAUCAACCGCUUCGCCUGGCCCAAGAUCCUCAAGGUGUCCUACAAGAGGAGCAACUUCUACAUCAAGAUACGACCCGGAGAGGUUGAGCAGCUUGAGAGCAGUAUCGGUUUCCGGCUCCCCAACCACCGCGCGGCCAAGAGACUCUGGAAGACCAGCGUGGAGCACCACACCUUCUUCAGGCUGGUGUCUCCAGAGGCCCCGCCCAAGCGCUUCCUGCCUCUGGGGUCAAAGUUCAGGUACAGCGGGCGCACGCAAGCCGAGACGCGGCAGGCAAGCGCCAAGAUACAGCGGGCCGCACCACCCAUAAAGCGCUCUGCUUCCUCCUGCAGCGGCACCAAGAGAGCGCCUGUGUCGGCCAAUAACGACAGUCCGAUGAAGGAGCCCACAACAGUCGCCGCCCCUGCUGCUGCUGUCGCCGCGGAGACGAACGUAAACGGCGUGGUCACCACGGGCAAACUCAUCGGCUUGGAAACGCCAGAGAAGACGGAGAGCGCGAUGGAGGCGGAGCCAGCUGCCCCAGUCACCAAGUCGGACAGUGACCAGACGGAUUACGCGUGUGACGGAGCCUCGUCCCCCUCGGAGUCUGAUCGGGAGGAGGAUUACACUACUGACCUGAAGACACAGGAUGGGGAGGAGGAGAUGGAGAUGGAGGAGGAGGCUGCUGUCGUUCAGACAGAGACCAAGACCAUCACCUAUGAGGCUGCAGAGGGUGAAGGGGAUGUGGAGGACGCUACUGACACUGGAAUGCUCAUGAGCGCCCAGACCAUCACCGCGGAAACCAACAGCGGAACCACAACCACGCACAUCACCAAGACGGUCAAGGGGGGCGUCUCAGAGACCAGGAUUGAGAAACGCAUUGUCAUCUCGGGAGACACAGACAUCGACCACGAUCAGGCUCUGGCCCAGGCCAUUCGGGAGGCCAAGGAGCAGCACCCCAACAUGUCGCUCACUAAAGUCGUCGUCCACAAGGAGACGGAGGUCUCAUCGCCCUCGGAGGGGGAAGGGGUCGCGACCCAGUGACACACAUACAAACAUACACACACACACACAUACGCACACACACACACAAACAUACUCACAUACAAAUACACACCCACACCCAUACACAUACACACACACCCUCCCCUCCCCUUCUUCACAGGAGGAGUAAGGUCUCUUCUCGUCCAAGAUGGAGAUGUUCCUUUCCCCACUCCAUGACACAGCAGCAGCAGACAGACCCCUCAGUUGGCCAGUACGGGGGAACCAUAAAGGUUCUUCUCAAGAACCUAUGGGGUGUUUCAAAGGAAUUGUCUAAAAGGUUCCUUAAGGAACCUUUAGGGGGCCUUCCUUCUAGGGCUGUAACGACACACUCCACUCACGAUUCGGUUGGUAUCACGAUGUUUGACUUACGGUUCGAUACACUUCACGAUUUUAUAAAAAUCUUUUUAAAUUAAUUUGCUUUUUUUCAUAUUUGGCAACAUAAUGAAUAAAGAGUACAGUAGCUUUUAGGUAAAAUAGGUUACAAGAGGCUACUACUUAUUUUAAACAGUUUAAAAAUGAUAACGACAAUGCUUUGAAGCUUGGAAGCACUAUCACAUCAUAUCUUGUGGUUAUUCUCUGGACACCUUCUUGCACUGUGACAGUAUCGUGACGUGACUCUGCGUAUUGCGAUUUCUCCGUUCCAUACAAUAUCGUUACAGCCCUAGCUCCUUCACAUUGGCAAACUGCAGAAGAGCCCCUAAGUAAGCACCCACAGGGUUGUCAAACUCACUACUGGGGCAAAGUCUGUCCGGCCGCGGGGCCAUUUUAUUCAGCCUGCGACAUAAUUUCAAUUCUGUAUUACAGUUAACCCACAUACACCAUUACAGUAAUAUGCAGUAACGAAACCUGAACAAAAAAAUGUGGUGUGUGGCGGGAAUAUGCGUGGG